AUGUCUUAUACGGUGGGACGGCUGGGCGUGGACGCCUGGGUUGGUCUGUUUGACAUAGCCGGGGACAAACGGUGGUCUGACAAUGCCGUUUACAACCACGAACUGGACCAGUUCUUAGCCAAUGGGAGCGACACAGCGCAGGUCACCUACGGCUACAUUUCGGCCGAGGAUGGCCUCUUCCACUUCGGCGAAGGUACGAAGCCGGCUGCGUACGUCUGCUACCAGGACAUGACGCCACCGACCCAACCAACGACAACUGCGGUUACAACGACCGCUGCUCCCACCACCACCGCACCGCCCUGCGGUUCGACGAAAUGGGUGGUGUACAACGAGACGUGCUACCUGUUCACGGAGGACGAGCAGUACUGGGCCGCCGCCGGACACGACUGUCAUGAGAUGGACGCCGAGCUGGUGUCCGUCCAUAACACAGGUCUGGUGACCUUUCUUCUGCUCCGGGCUGGAGACGCCGUCUACUGGACUGGACUGCAGAACGAGGACACAACCUACGUCUGGGAAGAUGGGACGCCCACGACAGACGUGGAUGAGGUGUUGGGCAACUACCUUGACAAGUGGGAAGAGGGUAAAAACUGCAUAGCUAUGAACAAGAGCAAGUUUCCAGAGGCCCUAGUUCAUGAGGAUUGUUUCAGCAUGCAUCCUUCUGUUUGCCAUAAGCCGCUUCGCUAA